AAGUCAUUAACCCAUACAAUUUUUUCUCAGGGAACCUGAAUAGUAACCCUUUAUCUCUAUUUGAAACUUGGGAAUACUAAUUAAAUAAAACUUUCUCCACUACACUGGGCUUUAAAUGCUCAUUUGAUACUGAAGAAUACCAAAGCAGAAAAAGCAUGUGCUGACAAUUCUAGCAUGUGGACAUCACCUUUUCCUUUUGAAGUUAUCUCUUGCUCUUUCCUCUUCUUUUUUAUAGUCUCCGUUUUCAUCAAUUUCUUUUUGAUUCUGUAUCUCACCCUUUCCAAAACCUGCUACUGUGAGAAUAUGUUAGGUUCUGCCGCUUUCAGAUUUGUCAUCAUUUUACUGGGGUGGAGUGAGAUGGAGACAGCGCCUCCCUCGGCAAAAUAAGAAAUGACAGCUCUGCAUCAAGGUUUGGUCCUUUUUCUCCCUUAAGAGCAAAGCUUUUAUUAGGCGCCUUUCAAAUCUCAUCAUAUUCAAGGGCUUCUCUUGAACAGCAAAAUCAUCCUUUGCUCUUUAGCCAUGCAGACAUGCUGUGUACUUCCUUUCUUUUGUCUCUGUCGCAGCUUAGAAAAGAAGGUUUGUGGCGGCGAGGAGGGAAGAGGAUGACUUGGUAAUGGACGAUUCCAAAUCGCAUCUGGUAGGUUUUCCCUACACGGCCAUGAGUCAGCCACCGACCGGGGGUGCUGCCCCUGCCGCUGCAGCCUCAGGCGCCGCCACAGCCGCCGCCGCCGCCACUGAGGCUCGCCUGCACCCGGAGGGUAGCAGCAGAAAGCAGCAGCGAGCUCAGUCACCCGCCAGGCCGAAGGACAAUUCGGCUCGACAGACAACCGCGGCCACCCGGUCCCCGGUGGGGGCAGGCACCAAACUCAAUUCUGUCCGGCAGCAGCAGCUGCAGCUGCAGCUGCAGCAGCAAGGCAACAAGACCGGGAACCGAGCGGCGCCUGCGACCAGCGUCCGGGGAGGCGGAGGCGGGGCUGAGAAGGCGGCGCCCCCGGCGCCCAAAGGCGCUGGGUCCGGAGCUGUCCAACCGGCGGCUGGUGCUGAAGCAGUCUUCGCGGCAACCCUGGCCGGUGUGAGCGGCAAGAGGCCGGGCCAGCCGGAAGAGUCGCCCCGGGAGUCAGAGUCGGUGCCUUCGAAACUCGGGGAACCCCCUCCGCCCCGGGAAGGACGAGGAGGGGGCGGGGAGGGAGGAGGAGCCGGCGGCGGCUCCGGAGAAAGGGAGGGGGGCGCUCCGCAGCCGCCGCCGCCGCCGCCGCCCAGGGGCUGGCGAGGGAAAGGCGUGCGCGCUCCGCAGAGGGGCGGCAGCAGCGGGGAGGAGGCCUCCCCUUCGCCGUCCUCAUCUUCCGCGGGCAAAACCCCAGGCCUCAGCGGCAGAAACGCCGGAAGCGGCGUUGCCGGGGGUGCCAGCAGCGGCGGAGGGAGCUACUGGAAGGAAGGAUGUCUGCAGUCUGAGCUCAUCCAGUUUCACCUCAAGAAGGAGCGGGCGGCAGCGGCGGCCGCCGCAGCUCAGAUGCACACCAAGAACGGCGGCGGCAGCAACAGCCGCAGCUCCCCGGUGGCCGGCGCCACUGCCGUUUGCGAGCCCCUUGCGGUCCCUUCCGCCUCCCUGAUGGCGGCGGCGGCGGAAGGCCCCCAGCAGAGCACAGAGGGCGGCUCGAGCGGUGGGGGCAUGCAGGCAGCGGCGCCCCCUUCCUCGCAGCCGCACCCGCAGCAGCUCCAGGAGCAAGAAGAAAUGCAGGAGGAGAUGGAGAAGCUUCGGGAGGAGAACGAGACUCUCAAGAACGAGAUCGAUGAGCUGAGGACCGAGAUGGACGAGAUGAGGGACACUUUCUUCGAGGAAGAUGCGUGUCAGCUGCAGGAAAUGCGCCACGAGUUGGAGAGAGCCAACAAAAAUUGUCGGAUCCUGCAGUACCGCCUCCGCAAAGCCGAGCGCAAAAGGCUCCGCUACGCGCAGACUGGGGAAAUCGACGGGGAGCUGCUGCGCAGCCUGGAGCAGGACCUCAAGGUUGCAAAGGACGUAUCUGUGAGACUACACCAUGAAUUGGAAAAUGUAGAAGAAAAGAGAACAACAACAGAAGAUGAAAAUGAGAAACUGAGGCAACAGCUUAUAGAAGUUGAGAUUGCAAAGCAGGCUUUACAGAAUGAACUAGAAAAAAUGAAAGAGUUAUCCUUAAAAAGAAGAGGAAGCAAAGACUUGCCAAAAUCUGAAAAAAAGGCUCAACAGACUCCUACAGAGGAGGACAGUGGAGAUCUGAAAUGCCAGCUGCAGUUCGUUAAAGAAGAAGCGGCUUUGAUGAGAAAGAAAAUGGCCAAGAUUGAUAAAGAAAAGGACCGAUUUGAACACGAGCUCCAGAAAUACAGAUCCUUUUAUGGAGAUCUGGACAGCCCUUUACCCAAAGGAGAAGCGGGGGGACCUCCCAGCACCAGGGAGGCUGAGCUCAAGCUACGGCUGAGGCUGGUGGAGGAAGAAGCCAACAUCCUGGGCAGGAAAAUCGUCGAACUGGAGGUGGAGAACCGCGGCCUGAAAGCGGAACUUGACGACCUGAGAGGCGAUGACUUCAACGGCUCGGCCAACCCCCUCAUGAGGGAGCAGAGUGAGUCCUUGUCGGAGCUGCGGCAACACCUGCAGCUGGUAGAAGACGAGACGGAGCUGCUGCGGAGGAACGUGGCCGACCUGGAGGAGCAGAACAAGCGCAUCACAGCGGAGCUCAACAAGUACAAGUACAAGUCGGGUGGCCACGACAGCGCGCGACACCACGACAGCGCCAAGACCGAGGCCCUGCAGGAGGAGCUGAAGGCGGCGCGCCUGCAGAUCAACGAGCUCAGCGGCAAGGUCAUGCAGCUGCAAUACGAGAACCGCGUGCUCAUGUCCAACAUGCAGCGCUACGACCUGGCCUCGCACCUGGGCAUCCGAGGCAGCCCCCGCGACAGCGACGCCGAGAGCGACGCAGGCAAGAAGGAAAGCGACGACGACUCCCGGCCGCCGCACCGCAAGCGUGAAGGGCCCAUUGGCGGCGAGAGCGACUCCGAGGAGGUGCGCAACAUCCGCUGCCUCACGCCCACCCGCUCCUUCUACCCGGCGCCCGGGCCCUGGCCCAAGAGCUUCUCUGACCGGCAGCAGAUGAAGGACAUCCGCUCGGAGGCCGAGCGCCUGGGCAAGACCAUCGACCGGCUUAUCGCCGACACGAGCACCAUCAUCACCGAGGCGCGCAUUUACGUGGCCAACGGGGACCUGUUCGGACUGAUGGACGAGGAGGACGACGGCAGCCGCAUCCGCGAACACGAGCUGCUCUACCGCAUCAACGCGCAGAUGAAGGCCUUUCGCAAGGAGCUGCAGACCUUCAUCGACCGUCUCGAGGUGCCCAAGUCCUCCGAGGACCGCGGUGCCGAGGAGCCCAUAUCCGUGAGUCAGGUACAGUUCUGCCUAUUGCGAGCUACGGCGAUGGGAGGCUGGCCCGCGGAGCCGCGCUCGCUGGUGGGGCGGCUCCACGCACCGACUUCCACGCCCCGCUUUAGGGAAGGCCCAGCUCAGAGCCUCUCUGGGUUUUGAAGCCCACAGCGUGCCUUUUCUUUUACACUAACCUUCUUCAGGCCUGAGGUUUUUGUAACGCAGUCAGUCACUCCUUAUUUAUUUCCCCUCUGCCUUGUUUAAAAGGAAAAUUGAAUCCUCCAAUUUUUGUGUAAAGACUAAAGGGUGUUUUAAGCAUUAUUUAUAGAAAGGCAACAUUUUCAAUAUUACCCUACUUAUUCUAACAGAUGAAGCUGCAAGGAGAACUUGAAUAGGAAUCUUCAUUUGCGAAUUUGCAGUUUUCAAGAAAAGAUAUAAAAAGUGUAAGACCAACAAAAUUGAUGCAUAGCUACUGGUAAAGUGUAGAAACCAAGUGGUAAGGAGAGAUGAUACUGUGUCUAAGGCCUUCCCAAAAGGUACAAAUGGAAGCUUCUCUUAUUAUCUACAAGUUGAAGUAGCAUGAUCAUUAUUUCUGGAGAAAAUUUUAUUGUCCCCUCCAUGGUGGAGAAUCUUAGGAGUGGGGAAGGAGUGUUUACUGUACCUCUAAGAAAACCACACUGAUUCUACCACCUCAGGGAAAUAGCAAUAACUUUGUGGAACAGGGAAAACUAGCAUUUUUCCUUCAUCCUGAUUUGUAGAGGCACACCCGAUGUGUUGGACUGAGCUGCUCUGGCCCGGCAUGGCGGCCACUUAAAGACCAAUGUGCUUUGUCAACCACGUAAGAGAUAAUGUAUAAAACAAAACAGGCAGUGCUCCACCUCUGGCAGGCAUGGUGCUCGCUAUCCAUUGGAGAACCAAUGAAAGUACGACAGCAUGCAUGGCUUUUAAAGAGAUGCGAGGCAUUUAUGUUUAAAAAUUAUACACAGGAGCUUGACAUUAGAUUAUCUGCCUGUUAGUAACCACAGGCAGACAUACUGCAAUUCUGUCGCUUAUUUAUCUUGCACGUUGCUCUGCUUUGCUAUAAAAAGAAAGUUUUAUGAUAAAACUUGUCAAAUUUUGGAAUGUUUAAGCUUAUUUCUUGUGUUUAUGAUACCAAAUAAUUGAUUUUCCAUUUUCUUGUUGCAGAUUUCUUGAAUAAUGUGAAUAUGUGUUUUUUAAAUUGUACCCUCAGGGGAAAAAAAUAGAAAUCAGUGAGAGAAAGCACUGUGUGUAAUAAUAGGCUUUCAGCUAUGUUACCUUUGGUAAAUAUAGGCUUCAAGGAGGGUUCUUCUUUCUUAAGUUGAGCAAAUACUUAGAUUAGUUGAUUACGAGCUUAAAUUUUUAAUUAUUAUUAAUUAACUCUUCUUUUUGUAUUUACCUUCCCAGA